CCAUGAUUCAUAUCAUCAUAAUCGUGUCCAAAUCCAAAAUUGUAUUUACGAUUAGAUGGUUCAAAAACUACCUUCUUAAUUUUCUCAUAUUUCAGUGCGUUGUGCUCAAAUAAGAUCAAAUAUUCACAAUGUGGGAUCCAACUCACGUACAAGUUACUGUUCAAAAAGCUCGUGGACUUUUAAUUAAAGGGAAAAACGGAACAAAUAAGUGUUUUGUGACUAUUGCUCUUGGCAAGCAGAAAUUCCAAACAUCCGUGAAACAUAAAGCUACUGAAAAUGUCGAUUGGCAAGAGGAGUGUGAUUUACCUAUUCCAACACAAGGAAAUACCGCUGAAAUUGUUUUGAAAGUCUGGGACGAAGACAUUGUUAAAGACCAUUUAUUAGGUCAAGUAUCGAUUCCGUUAAAAGACCUCGAUGUUUACGAGAGGCCAAGAAACCGUUGGUACACUCUACAGGGUAAACCAGGUAAAGAAAAUGAUAAGAAAAGAGGCGAAUUAGAGGUGAAGAUUGGUUUCACUGUCAAAGAAGGUAGCCUAAAUGAUCUAAGUAAGAAAGAUAAACACAAAUCGUCCUUAUCUAGUAUUGCCCAAAACGUUGGUGGCAGUCUCAUGAGUAUUGGCAGUAUCGAAAAACGGAAAAGUCUGAAGAAAUUUGCCAAAAAUCUUGGAUCUAAAAUUAAUUUAAAUAAGAAGGAUAAAAAGAAUGAUUCAUCCUCUCUUAGUGGGAGUAUUGGAAAUCUCAAGAACCCAGUAAUAUCCACAACAGAUCACUCUACACCUAAAAGGCUACAUGAAGAAGCUGAUCCCGGUGUAAUCAGUGAAGACGAAGAUGAAUUUGCUUUUGAUGAUCUAUCCCACAAGAGCUCAGCAAGUUCACUGAAUGUCCACUCAUACUUGCCCAGAGGAUAUAAGUAUACUCCAUCACCAGUAAAUGCAUCAUUAGAAAAUUUAGGAGGUGGAGAGUUCUUGAGAAGAUCAACAAGUAGCAACUUGGCUAAUUCUGAUAAGUCAGUGCCACAAAAACCAGUACGACUAAGUUUGGACACUUUCACACCACCACAAGCACCAACGCAAGUGAUUGACAAGAAUGAUGAAUGGUCUCAGAAAUUAUAUUCCCGUCCUAAAUCCAACAGCCAAAGCACAAUUGAGAGAGAGAAAUCAUCAAGUUUGGAAAGGAAUAAUAAACUUGAUAGUCCUAGUUCUUUAAAAGAAAAACCAAGUCCUAAAUUCUUUAAGAAAUUUGGAAGCAAUAAUAAAUCAAAGAAAUUAUUAGAGGAACGUAUUAUAGUUGGUGAGGAAAAUAUUGUUGAAGAAGAUUCAAUUAAUCCAGCAUACAACAGCAUUCCUAAGUCAGUGUUACAACAGUUUGAUGGCAAGUCACGGGAAGAUCUAAUUGUCCUUAUCCAUCAUUUACAAAAGGAUGCAGAAAUAGAAAAGAAGAAAAACAAAGACUUGGAAAACUAUUUAGAUGAACUUUUACUUAGGGUGAUGGAGACAACACCUAGGAUUCUACAAAAUCCAUACCAUAGAAAUAACAGUAUGCACAUCAGAAAUAAGUGAUGUACUUGAUUGGGUACAAAUUAUCCAGUUAAAGGAUGACAUUGUUAAUGAUAAUUUGGCAUGACUGUUCCGAUAUUUGGUAAAAUUAUUAAUUUAUAUACCAUGUUAGAAACUCUAAUUGAUAUAACCAUAACAUUAUUUAUUAUAUUUCAUAUGUUAAUGCCAUUACCAAAUUUCAAAGUUAAUAAUUACAUAUAUGUUUUGAGAAUGUAAAUAACUCGGUUCUUACCUAUAUAUAUUUAUAUUAAAACUUAUUAUUAUUUCUAUUAUAAUUAUUUGUAAAGAAUUAUAUAAUCAAUUUUCUCUCUCAGUUAUGUGUGGCAAAUUAGUCAAGGACUUUUUUAGUUUCAUGACUUAAUAGCCACAAUUAUUUUGGUUACAAGAAAUGACUAAAUCAGGUAGUAGCAUAUUAUUUUUCUGGCUAUGUCAAUUAGUAUUUCCAAUGACAAUAUGUACUACAACUGUAUAUAGAUUUUUUUCUCUCAGUAUGUGUGCAUGCAUAUCAUAAUCACAGGGAAAGCACUUGGUAACUAAUUCCCUUUUAGUACUAAAAGUUAAGACCUAUUAACAAAUUUCAUUAUUGAAUACUUUUUUCCAUUUCUUUUAAAUGCAGAAAAUGGCUUUACUGAAAAUGUUACAGUGCAUUAGAAAAAAAUUGUUAAUUACACUAUUUAAGAAUCUUAGGGUUUAAUUUGAACAUAUUUAGCAUAGAAAAAAGUAUGCCAUCUCAACAUUUCUAACUGUUAUACAUUUAUGCAGUGAAAGGAUCAGACACAGCUUGUUUGGUAUUUCUGUAUUAGUUUUAUUAUCAUGUUUGCGACCAUACUGAUAUGAAUUUAACACUUAUGUAAAUCACUUUAGUUGUUACAUUUUGUUUCUUAAUUUACUUUAAUACUUUCAUAAACUUAAAAAUCCAUGGAGAAAGUAAUAUGUUGAAAGUAAUAGUGCUAUAAUGUCAAGCUAAUGGUAUAAUAUUCUUGACUUUCGUCACAUUAAAAUGAAUAACAAUCUAUUUAAUAUUCUAAAUGUUGUGCCUUAUGUAUAUGUAUGUAUCUGUGAUAAAAAUUGGUUAAAAUUUAAGUAAAUUUAUGCAAAUUGGUUUCAAAUUUCUAUCAGGAUUUCAUUAUCAUUUUAAACAUUUGUAAUAGGCCCUGUUUGUACAAAUUAUUGUAGACACAACUUACAAUUAAGUGAAAUAUUGGUCUGACCCAACAUAAUGCAUAUUUAUUGUAAGAAUAUAUACUUAAUAUAUUAUAAAUAAGUAUAUUAUAUAAAUAUGUGCCAAACUUUUGUCCCGCAUCGUAUAGAUACACUCAGAAUUUUUUUUUUAUUUAAAUUGUAAAAUGGCCUUGAUAUUUUGAUAAGUGAAAGAGAAAUAAAUAUUGAUAGGUAGAUAGGAGGUGAUGACAUACAAGCUAUAUGUCAUAUAAUAUGACUCAUAUUAUUUAAUUAUCUAAAGUCUUUUAUAUUAUACGUAAUAUGCAAUACUCCUAACUUACUAUUUAUUUACUUACAUAGUAAUAGUUAAGUUUAGGAAGUUGGGAAGUAAUGAAGCUUAACAUUUGGAAAAUCUCAUUGUUUACAUAUAUAUAUAUAUAUAUGAAAUGUAGGUAGGCUAUAUACAGAGAGAUAAUAUUUAAUGGAACUGCCAGCUACUGAGUACCAACUAAUAAUAAUAACAUAUAGUUGUUAUUAGUAUAAUCUUGCAAGAGUCAUAUAUAUGUCUUACUCAUAUGGUUGGCAGGGAUUAAAGAAUCCAAUGUAACCAAUAUCUAUAGAAAUUACAUGUUAUAGUCAAAGAGAACAAAAUAAUAAUGUUAUAUAUUUACAAAUCAUAGUAAUUUACUUGCAGGAUGAAUUAAAAGCUACAGAAUGCCUGGGUUACUAUAUUAUAGAAGGAAUUUAGUGCAAAGUUUUACUUUAUUUAAAAUUAUAUAGUUUAUGUAAUAUCAGAUAUUGAACAUUUACAGUUAAAUAUUUUAAUCGCAAUUAUCACAGGGUUUAAAUAAAUUGCUUACAUGUUAUUUAAGUGUCAUAGUUUAGUCUAGUUGUGAUAUCAAUCAUCCUAUGCCUUGGUAUAGGAUGUUAAUGUUAUUUACAAUUCUUUUUUUUUAAAGGUUCAAAUGCACAGAACAAAGUUGUAAUUUUUGUUUAAGGGUUUGUGCAAGAGUACACUGUCGGGACACUAGUGGACGAUGAUAGAAUCUAUGAAGUCAAGUCCGCCCAUUGUGGUGAAUUCAACACGAAUUAGCCAUAUUGGUUUUUUUUGAUGACUGUGUGGAGGUUAAUGUACAAUAUAUUGCUAGCAAUGGAAACACUAGUCGCCAUUACUAACAAUCUCCUUCCCCCAACCCCUUUGGUUGUAUUAUAUGAUUUAGAAAAAAGUAAAUUUUUUUAGGUAUUAUAUUUAAUAAUAAGUUUUUUUUAAAUACUACCUAAUAUGUUUUGAUUUAUAAUUUACUAUAAAUAAGUAAUAAUAUAAUAGUAAAUAUGUAGUAAGGUAGUAAGAAUUCUAAAAGAAAAUCAUAUAUUUAGUAAAAGCAACACAUAAUUUAUUUUUAUAGAUAUAGACUACCAACUCUUAAGAUUAUUAGUCUUCUAAAAGUUAAGAGUAAAGUAUGUUUAAAUAAUUAAAAAUAUAUUCAAAGAGCAUGCAACCUUUUAGUUUCCAUGUAUACUAAUAUAAGUGUUCUGUACCUACUUAUUUAAUAAACAUUAACAUUUUGUUAAAUGCUGCAGUUUUAUUUUAA